GGCAGGCUCGCCCUGUUGCUUUUGUUGACUGAUUAAACCCAUGGCGAAUAAUUGCUCUACUUUCGAAACAAAAGCAAUCAUAAAUCGGAAGCGAAAGGGUGAGGGUCACUUGUAUGACGUAAUUUGACAGUUUCGGGGAAAAUCGAGACACUCCUUAAAUAGAGGUAUAAAAAGUCCUCGGCCACGUUUCAAGACAUGUAGCAAGUUGAACUUGAAGUGUUUAAGAUCAAAGACAGACGGAACAAAACCAGGACAACGACCAAGGCAAGAAAAUGGAGGUAACUUGUGGCCCUUUUUUCAUUAAUUCACUUUAAGCUCUAGGAAAUCUCAAUCAUUUUGCGCAAAUUUUAAAUGCGAACCUCAGCAUAAAUUUCGAUCCUGCCAACUGGCGUGUUUCGUUACCUUGAAUAUUAGGUUUCGGCAAGGUCUUUAAUGCCGAAAAGCUUCCUUUUUUAGAACUUUAAAAAACCGUAUCAAAUAUAGUAAAAUAUCUUUAGUUAAUUGAGGUUAUGUUCAUUUGAUAGCAAUCGAACAUGCUUCAUUCGAAACAGAAAUUUAAUGUAAGUCUACCGUGGUAAAAUGAUUUCACGGUCGGUGUUCAGCUGUAUAAACUGAAGGGAAGAGAACUGGCAUUGACAAAAUGGUUUUAGAAAAGAGAUUUAAAAAAUUAUAAUACAAGCAAAUUGAUGUACUUUAAUCCUAGCAAAUCCGUUUGGAGCAUGCAAUUAGCUUAGCCCGAAAGGUGGAAAUUUUGUGGUCCCAGUAAUGAAUUAUCACAGAGCAUGCUUCCUAUCAUGUGCUGACGCAUAUUGUUAAGGUUAAAGUGUUCAUUGUAGCAUCUUGCCCCUUUUCUCACAAAGAUGUCAAGUGUCAAUUUUUUUCCAAUGCUAUGCCUUGGGAAACAUUGAAAUGCCAAGGAAAAAAAAAAUUGGCUAGUGUGUCCCUCAGCUCAAGGCCAGUCAAGUGUACAUCCUAGUGCCUCUUGUUCAAAACAAGGCUUAGGGUCUUCUUGAUAAGAAUCCAAUGCAUAUUGAACCCCCCGGAUCCCUGGGAGUAAUCUCCUUAAAUCACACUCAUACGUGGGUAAAAUACAUUAUUCAGUUGACAAAUCUCAACAAAUACUCCUUGCUCUUUGUGGGUACCCUAGGGGUAACCCCAUAAGUGGAUUAAGGCAGCCGUCUCUACCCGGUAACCCGCAGGGGGCAUGAGUUAGGGGGUGGAGAAAUUUUCCAUGUAUUCAACAAAGUAUUAACAGGGGAAAUACAUGUUUUUAAUACAUAUUAACAAUGUCCAAUAUUUUCUAUGUUCAAAGAGUGCUGAUGGAGUAAAAAUUGUUGAUACCAAAGACAGGGAGAUUUAUACGAGAGAUAAUCAACAGCUUGUGUCUCUAAAUCAAGAUGGCCCAAUCAACGGACACUAUAUGCAGGUGGAUGGCAGAGAUGUUCGCACAAAUGCAAUGAGCACCAACCAGAGAAGUAUGUUCUAACUUUGAUAGCUUUAACAAGAAGAGAUUUUAAAAGUGCCAUGACUGCAUUACUUGGGAAAAUUUUGUAUGAUAUUGGUUUCAAACAAAAGAAAGUGAUGUGUGUCCUGAAAAUAAAACCUUGCCUGACUGCCAACGAAGCAACUGGGCUAAAGAAGUGAGAUUGCCUCCAUGGCAGAUUCAUAAUCCCGCACAACGUAGGCAAAAACCAUCAAAUUCUGUGGAACCCUCUAAAAUUUACAUUUUUGAUCAUAUUUGGGUGUAAGUGAGACCCUAUAUUUGGGCAGUGAUAUCAUGAUCAUGUAUUUACAACUCUUGGUUCAAAAUUGUGUACAGCUGUUCAUUUUCUGUUUAAGAGGCAUUAACAGGUGAGCAAGCACUAGCUUUAAUACGAUUUCUAGUUUGAAAGGGCUAUUGGUGCUCUGGUUUGCUUUAUAAAUUUCGCUUAAAGCAGCAGUUAUCAAGGAAUAGGCUUUUACGCUCCAAUUUUUGUCAAAACCAGCUUAUUCUUCGCAGCUUGAUUUACCCCAUUGAGGUAGCGUGUUCUCUUCUCAACUCAGAAACAGGGUUUUCAGUAUUAUCUUUUCCUUUGUAAAUUGAAUUCUAUGCGGUAGUUAAUCAAGGAAUAGGCUUGUAUUCUCAAAACGUUUAUCAGAACCAGCGUGUUCUUUGCAGUUUGAUUUACAUUAAGCCAGUUCUCACCUCCUGUGAGGAAUGCAACACAUUUGAGGACCUUUUGUUUUUUAGAAGUUAUUAUUUUUUGCCUUUGUAGAGAUUUGUGUCAACCAGCAUGUCUUUUUGCAGCUCAAUUUACAUUGAAGACAGCCCUAAACUACCAUGAGGGAUGCAAUGAAUUUGCGGACCGUUUGUUUGAAAGAUCAUCAUUAUGAAUCAUUUUUCCUUUCGAGAGACUCUUUGUUCUGUGCCAACCACUCAUUAGAUCUUUGUGUUUUAUUCAGGUUUAUAUUUUUAUACCUCCGGAUACAUUCUGCCCCAUUCUUGGGCUUUUCACGCAUUUUGCUUAUACCAAUUUUUUCAUAUGUAUAUUACCAUGUGGAAUAUUUUUGUUAUCCCUGAUGACACCGUUGAUCGGCGAAAGCUCAGAAUUUAAUUUUAAUUUUUAAUUUUAGCAGUCAAAGGCCUCACUUGAACUGUAUUUUACUUUCUAACGUUUAUAGUUAGAUAUAAGUGCUAACUUACACCAAUUUACCAACAAAGACAACAAAGCUUCAAGCAAUGUUGUUAUUUUUUAAUAGAAGUGAAAGCCUAGAAUGUACCCAAGUUUUUUUUCUAAAGUUAAGUGCCAUCCUUUUCUAUUGGAAAAUCCAUUGUAAACCUCUAAAAUUAUGCAACAAACCGCGAAGAUCUGGAUAGGCACAUUCCACAAAAGAUAAACGAAUUCGCCUCGUUGGCACUUGCCGAAAGGUACCCCUAGUUUUGUAAGCCUACAUAGUGCUUGAAAUUUUAACAGACUUGCAGCACAAUACUGAGGCAAACUUGUGUAACAUACGGAAUUUUAAUUGAAAUUUGAAUAGUGUCCUUAAAACUAACAUUUUUGCUUGGAUAAAAGCUAGUUAACCAAGUAACAUCGAUCAACAUUUUGGAGAUUUGCAAUAUUAAUUAAGUAUUAAAAGGUGAUUUUAAACUUAAUAAUCCUUUGUGGGCGUAGAAAAGUUAAAAUUAGCAAGGUUGAAAGUGAUUUGUUGAAAUCGAACGAAGAUUUAGCUCCUCAAAGUCGCAAAAUUUUACAGAGGUCUGUAUGGUGGGGGGCACAAACUUGCACCCCCCAUAAUACAAACACCUGUAAAUUUUCCCAACUUUGCUGAGUUACAUCUUCAGUCGGUUAGGAUGUAUCACUUUCAAAUUUGGCAAUUUUACUAAUAUUUAGGCCCUCUUUCUAUUGGUGUUGACUGAUUUUCCCUAACUUGUCCAUGUCAAAAGUAAAAAAAAAACAUGAAAAGGUCUAUAGCAAUAACUUAACAAGCACACACUCUUCUUUGUAUACAACAGCUUAUUUCAAGACCCAUACAGUCAUGGAAUUUGAUGAAACAGGUGCUCCUCAUCAAGUUGUUAUGCUGGAAAACAAACACGAUGGGAAAGUUGUAGCCAUAAAUAAGGAUGCAGAUAAUGUCAUUGCCAAGGUACAUCGUCACAUUACUUCAAUCAGUAUUCCAGUGACCAAGUGUAAUAAAAGUGUCAGAUUAAACCUGCACUUGAAAUGAUUCAGUUUAAUUCUCGGAUAUAUUCAUGUAACAACCACAUUUUUUAUUCUUACUGAUUCUGCACUGAUAUCAAUUUAAAAGGUCUAGGAUCUGCACUGAAAAUCAAUGGUUAAUGUUAUUUUUUUAUGUGGGGAUUUCUUUCACCCCUUGAAAUUUUUCCCCGUAAAAGGUUUGAAGCUGGUGAAGCAGUGUUCUCUGUUCUCAACUGUCCUUGUUUUUUUAUUACUUUGUUAAUAUCAUUUUAUUUUGGUUUGUUUUUUUUUUACUUGUUUUUGAAUGAAUCCUACCUAUUAAGGCAAUACUUGUCCCGGGAAGUUAAGCUGACAUGUAAGAUUUCUUAGACUGUUAAAAAUGAGGAGGUCUUGAUCUGUACAAGGGACAUGGAUCCACAGGGGUGGUAAUGGGCAGUUGCGUUAUAUAAGUGGCCUCCAAACUAAAUACCGUAUUUAUUCGAUUAACCGUCCUGGGCGCUUAUUAAAUUUUUGGACCUUGAGAGUGGGCGCUUAUUCGAGGUGGGCGCUUAUUCGAGGCUGGCCGCUUAUUAAAUUUUCACCAUUUUAAGCAAGUGAAGUAUGUUUAUUUUGCAACAAAACAAUAAAUGCUAACAACAAAACGCGAAGAAGUAACAAAGCAAGGUUUCUGUAAAAUACUCUGAAGAAAACUCCGUCCUCGGGGAAGUCUCCUAUUGGAAUUUAUUUACUCAAGUGGGUGUGGUGGGGGUGAGUGCUUAUUUGAUUUUGAUUGGGAGGAGGAGGGGGUGGGCGCUUAUUCGAGGCUGGGCGCUUAUUAACUUUUUCUGCCUUUAGGAUGGGCACUUAUUCGAGGUGGGCGCUAAUUCGAGGUUGGGCGCUUAUUCGAAUAAAUACAGUAAUGCAAGUUACAGCUGUGGUUCAAAGUACUUAUAUGUCAUUUGUACAUUUCUUUAAUAUUAUAACUUGAUAACAAUUACUGGUUUUUACUUAAACUUGAAACAGGAGCUAUCCCGCCCUCCAAGCAGUUAUAACACCCUGGAAGAAGUCAAGGGAGAGCACCCAGAAGUGUUGUUCUACAAGGUGCCAAGAGAGGUAGGGAGUGUGUAUUUUUACUUCAAGUCCUACCUAAAAGACAAGCAGAGGAUCCUUGGAUUUGAUGAUUAUGGCAAUGCUUUGGACCCAACUCAAGUUCAGCCUGGCCAGGAGGAAAGUCUGUUCCAAAUGAUGUAAUGUAAUUUCCUACAAAUAUGUAAAUGAAAAUGUUUAAAACAGAUGGACUAUGUACCGCAAGGUUUUAGCCUGGAAAUACCGUAUAAUAAAAGUGCGUGUCUAAGAGUUAUUAGAGUCAGCUUUAGAUUCAAGGACGAAGACGACUACGAGUACAAGAUUUUCUCAGUACUAAGUAUUGCGUGGGCAAAAGCCAGCAUCAUUUUGGUGAGAAUGUCAUAGUGGUAGGAACAAGUUAUCAAACUAAUGUAAGAGGUUUUAUCAUUUUGUGAUUAGAAGAGGGUUUAACCUUCCCUUCAGUUUAAAUAACCAUACUAACCGUUUUGGUGAAAAAUAAUAAAAUGAAGCUUUCUGGGGUGUCUUUUUUUCUUCAAAUCUUGUACUUGUACUCAUUCUUGUCCUCAAAUCUAAAGCUCUCUAUACUAGAGAAGGCCCCACCCUCUACAGGGGUCCAGGGGCAAGUCCUUCCUCCAUCAAAUUUGAGAAACUGAAACCCAAUAAGUGAAAGAUUUUUAAAUCAAUGCAAAAAGAAAAUAAUUCCACUUUUGUCUCCACUUCCAUGCCAAUUAGAUGUAAAAAAAAAAUUGAAUACUUUUUCUCUUAAAACAGGGUGUCCUGUUCCCUGUGGACACUAAGACAUUCAUUGUCCUCUGCAUGUAGUCUACCUGAAAGAAAGAAAUAUCAACACAAGAGUUUAGAUAGAGUACUUAAUAGAAAUUAUCUGGGUAAAAGAAAGUACAUAAAGUGAUACAAUAAGUAAGAAAAGGAGAUCUGUGCUAGUAAUAGCAAGUACCAACUAGAUUACGCACUGUAAACAUUUUACAUUUAUGUAAACUCUUUAAGUCACAGUUCAGUAAUAUUCCACGAAUAUAUGCAUUUUGUAAAUCGCAAAUAAUAGACUAUCAUAUAGUGUUUGUUAAGAAGAAAAAAACAUUUUUUCAAUGUUUUAUGUUAUAAUAUUAUUCUUUUUUUCUUUUGAUAAGAAAAAAUAGUACAUGUAAUUCUAAGUCAGAGUUUACUUUUUUACAAGUUGAACCUCUAUGAAAUUACAUCAUUUAAGAGAAACACAGAAUAAAACUAUUUUUCUUUAUUAGUGUGAUCAUGAGUCUUAUAUAUAAUUAUU